CUGGUAAAGAGGAGGAAGAAGAAGAAGAAAGAAGAGGAAGGGGACACCACACCACAGGUAGCACUCGAGGAGAGGAGAGGAGAGGCGAGGCAGAAGGAGGCAGAAGGAGGAAGAGGCGGCAGCAGCAUCGGCGGGAGGCUGGCUCCGGCGCGAGCACAAGCUGGCUACCCCACGCUCCUCCCACCACCUCAGCACCUCCGCGGCGCUUGCAGCCGCGGGGGUCUCCGUCUCCUACCCACCGCCCCUGCCCCCCACUCCGCCCAGUGCGGCGCCCACGGCGCCCGACAUGGGCGCCGGCGGCGCCGCCAAGCAGAUCGUCGACUCGCUCCUCGCCCGCUUCCUCCCGCUCGCCCGCCGCCGCAUCGAGACCGCGCAGGCACAGGAUGGGCAAUACCUCCGUCCAUCUGAUCCAAGCUAUGAGCAAGUAUUGGAUUCACUUGCCAUGGUUGCUAGGCACACACCUUUGCCUCUUUUGGAAGCUCUUCUUCGGUGGAGGGAAAGUGAAUCACCAAAAGGCGCACAUGACGCAUCAACGUUCCAAAAGAAGCUUGCUGUCGAGUGCAUAUUCUGUUCAGCCUGCAUUCGUUUUGCUGAGUAUUGCCCACAAGAGGGAAUAACAGAGAAACUUUGGAUUGGCCUGGAAAAUUUUGUAUUUGAUUGGCUAAUUAAUGCAGACAGGGUUGUUAGCCAAGUAGAGUAUCCCUCGUUGGUUGAUUUGCGAGGUCUCCUCUUAGAUCUUGUUGCCCAACUUUUGGGAGCUUUAUCUCGUAUCAGGUUUAGUUCUGUGACGGAAAGGUUUUUCAUGGAGCUUAAUAGUCGGCGUAAUGAUGCGCCUCUUUCUAGAAGUGAUUCACUCAGCAUUAUUAAUGGGAUGCGCUACCUUAAAUUGGGGGUGAAGACAGAGGGUGGACUGAAUGCCUCGGUUUCUUUCAUUGCAAAAGCAAAUCCUCUAAAUCGUCCUCCCAACAAAAGAAAGAGUGAACUGCAACAUGCUUUGUGCAACAUGCUCUCAAGUAUACUGGCCCCGCUUGCUGAGGGAGGCAAACAUCAUUGGCCUCCUCUGGGUGUAGAACCUGCAUUGUCACUUUGGUAUGAUGCUGUUGCUCGAAUAAGAGGCGCGCUCAUGUAUUGGAUGGAUAAGCAGAGCAAACAUAUUGCAGUUGGAUUUCCACUUGUAACUCUUCUACUUUGCCUUGGUGAUUCCCAUACGUUCAACACUCACUUUUCUCAACAUAUGGAGAUCUUGUAUAAGUAUCUCAAGGACAAGAAUCACCGAUCAAUGGCAUUAGAUUGUCUUCACAGGCUAGUGAAAUUUUACUUAAAUGUUUAUGCAGAUUACCAGCCUAGAAAUCACGUGUGGGACUGUUUAGAUAGUGUGACCUCUCAAUUGCUGACCGUUUUGAAGAAGGGCUUGCUGACACAAGAUGUCCAGCAUGAUAAACUUGUUGAGUUUUGUGUGACCUUAGCUGAGAGCAACUUGGAUUUUGCAAUGAAUCAUAUGAUCCUCGAGUUGUUAAAACCAGAUAGUUUAAGUGAAGCAAAGGUUGUUGGUCUUAGGGCUUUGCUUGAGAUAGUUGUGUCUCCAUCUAACAAACAAAUUGGAUUGGAUGUCUUCCAAGAAUAUGGUAUUGGGCAUUAUAUUCCAAAAGUAAAGUCGGCGAUUGAGUCGAUUUUACGAUCUUGUAACAAGGCAUAUAGCUUAGCCCUUCUUACAUCAUCGAAAGCUACUAUAGAUAAUGUAACAAAGGAUAAAUCUCAGGGAUCACUCUUCAGAUCUGUGCUGAAAUGUAUACCAUACUUAAUAGAAGAGGUGGGACGUAAUGAUAAAAUGACCGAGAUUAUACCUCAGCAUGGUAUAAGUAUUGACCCUGGUGUUCGUGAAGAAGCAGUGCAAGUGUUGAACAGGAUUGUACGAUGCUUGCCGAAUCGUCGCUUUGCUGUAUUGAAAGGAAUGGCCAACUUUAUCCUAAAACUUCCUGAUGAGUUCCCUCUUUUGAUUCAAACAUCACUGGGACGAUUAGUAGAGCUCAUGCGCUUGUGGAGAGUAUGCCUAUCUGAGGAACUUUUGGCAAAAGACAUGCAAAAUGUUAAGCGUUCUAGUCUAGGAGGCGAUGCACUACAGAGGUCUCCUUUUCAUAGAUCCAGGGAUGUAUCUGAAUUCCGUGCCUCGGAAAUGGAUGCAGUUGGUCUUGUCUUUCUCAGCUCUGCUGAUGUUCAAAUAAGGCUUACUGCUUUGGAGUUAUUGCGAUGUGUUCGAGCGCUAAAAAAUGAACUCAGGGAUUACUCGGCAAAUGAAUGGGGUGACAGCAAACUGAAGCUUGAACCAGAACCUAUAUUUAUUAUUGACAUCAUAGAGGAAAAUGGGGAAGACAUAGUUCAAAGCUGUUACUGGGAUCCUGGGCGACCUUAUGAUCUGAGGCGCGAGAUGGAUCCUGUUCCCUUGGAUGUGACUCUUCAAUCCAUUUUAGAGAGCGCAGAUAAAAGCAGAUGGGCCCGUUACCUCAGCGAGAUUGUCAAAUAUGCAGCUGAACUUUGCCCAAGCUCUGUGCAGGAUGCAAGAUUAGAGGUUGUUAGGAGAUUAGAACAGAUCACUCCGGUCGAACUAGGUGGAAAGGCACAACAAUCACAGGAUACUGAAACUAAGCUCGAUCAAUGGCUGAUAUAUGCAAUGUUUGCAUGUUCUUGCCCACCUGAUAGCAGAGAAGAAUUUGCCCUCAGAGCAGCCAGAGAGAUCUUCCAUAUAGUUUUCCCAUCACUGCGCCAUGGUUCCGAAUCAUAUGCUCUUGCUGCUACAGCUGCCCUUGGGCACUCACAUCUGGAAGUAUGUGAAAUCAUGUUUGGUGAACUUACAUCUUUCCUUGAGGAUGUAUCAUCAGAAACAGAAGCAAAACCAAAAUGGAAGAAUCCUAGGUCCCGCCGUGAGGAUCUGCGUACGCAUGUCGCAAACAUACAUAGAAUGAUAGCUGAGAAGAUUUGGCCUGGAAUGCUUAGUCGAAAACCUGUUCUCCGUUUACAUUUUCUAAAGUUCAUUGAUGAAACAUGCCGCCAGAUCCUGCCACCAUCUGAUAACUUUCAAGAUUUGCAGCCUCUCCGAUAUGCACUAGCAUCUGUUCUGAGAUAUCUAGCUCCAGAAUUUAUUGAUGCAAAGUCUGAGAGGUUCGACAGCAGAUUGCGUAAGAGGCUUUUUGACCUCCUCCUUAGCUGGAGUGAUGAUUCUGGCAGCACUUGGGGACAGGAAGGCAACAGUGACUAUCGCCGUGAAAUUGAGCGAUAUAAAGCUAGCCAGCAUAAUAGGUCAAGGGAAUCACUUGACAAACUUGCAUUUGACAGGGAAAUGGCUGAGCAGUUGGAAGCUAUCAAUUGGGCUUCAAUGAAUGCCAUUGCUUCUUUACUAUAUGGUCCAUGCUUUGAUGAUAAUGCAAGGAAACUGAGUGGUCGGGUAAUAUCGUGGAUCAAUAGUUUGUUCAUGGAACUAGCUCCAAGAGCACCUUUUGGGCAUUCACCAGUUGAUCCCCGAACGCCAUCAUAUUCAAAGCACACUGAUGGGGGACGUUUUGGAGGAAGGGACAAACAGAAAACUAGUCACUUGCGAGUUCUGUUAGCAAAAACUGCAUUGAAGAAUAUUUUACAGACAAAUUUGGAUCUGUUUCCUGCUUGCAUAGAUCAGUGUUACUCUCCAGAUUCUCCAAUAUCAGAUGGGUAUUUCAGUGUCCUUGCUGAAGUAUACAUGCGUCAGGAAAUUCCAAAGUGUGAGAUCCAGAGAAUUUUGAGCUUGAUCCUCUACAAGGUGGUUGAUCAAACAAAACUGAUCCGUGAUAGUGCCCUUCAAAUGUUGGAGACACUCUCUCUCCGUGAAUGGGCGGAAGAUGAUGCUGAUGGUGUUGGGCAUUACCGGGCUUCUGUUGUUGGCAACCUGCCAGAUUCCUACCAGCAAUUCCAGUACAAGUUGUCCUCAAAGCUUGCCAAGGACCAUCCUGAGCUCAGUGAGCAUCUAUGCGAGGAAAUCAUGCAGCGCCAGCUUGAUGCAGUGGAUAUUAUUGCUCAACAUCAGGUCCUCACAUGCAUGGCUCCUUGGAUAGAGAAUCUCAACUUUGUUAGACUAAAAGAAUCUGGUUGGAGUGAGAGAUUGCUGAAAAGUCUUUAUUAUGUGACGUGGAAGCAUGGUGAUCAGUUCCCUGAUGAGAUUGAGAAAUUGUGGAGCACCGUUGCAAGCAAUACUCGUAAUAUCAUUCCUGUUCUCAACUUCUUGAUCACCAGAGGGAUUGAGGAUUGUGAUGCCAAUCCAUCAGCAGAGAUUACUGGUGCAUUUGCUACCUACUUUUCAGUUGCCAAGCGUGUUAGUCUGUAUCUUGCUCGGAUUUGCCCACAACAGACCAUCGAUCACUUGGUCUGUGAGUUAUCUCAGAGAAUGCUUGAGGAUGAUGAGGAACCAGUCAGGCCUGGAAAGGUUGAUACUUCUGCAAAUGUCGUGUUAGAGUUUUCUCAAGGACCUAGUACCUCCCAGGUGGCAACAAUAGUUGAUAGCCAGCCUCACAUGUCCCCCCUGCUUGUCCGUGGUUCCCUCGAUGGUGCAAUCAGGAAUGUUAGCGGAAACCUAAGCUGGCGGACAUCAGCAGUUACUGGUCGAAGUGUAUCUGGCCCACUGAGCCCAUUGGCUCCUGAAGUAAGCAUUCCAAACCCCACUACAGGCCGGUCAGGCCAGCUCCUUCCAGCAUUAAUGAACAUGUCAGGGCCAUUGAUAGGUGUCCGAAGUUCAGCUGGAAAUCUGAGGAGCCGUCAUGUUUCCAGAGACAGUGGUGAUUACUACUUAGAUACCCCAAACUCAAAUGAUGAUAUUUUACAUCAAGGUGGCAGUGGUGUUCAUGGUAUCAAUGCCAAUGAGCUCCAAUCUGCAUUGCAGGGGCACCAGCACUUGCUUUCACGUGCUGAUAUAGCUUUGAUUCUCCUUGCUGAAAUCGCAUAUGAAAAUGAUGAGGACUUUCGCGAAAACUUACCACUAUUGUUCCAUGUCACCUGUGUUUCCAUGGAUAGUUCUGAAGACAUUGUGCUUGAGCAUUGCCAGGAUUUGCUUGUGAAUCUCCUCUAUUCACUCGCUGGACGCCAUCUUGAACUGUAUGAGGUUGAAAGCAGCGAACGGGAGAAUAAGCAGCAUGUCGUGAGUUUGAUAAAAUACAUUCAAUCUAAAAGAGGUAGCCUGAUGUGGGAGAAUGAGGAUCCUACCCUUGUUCGGACUGAACUACCUAGCGCUUCACUCUUAUCAGCACUUGUGCAAAGCAUGGUUAGUGCAAUUUUCUUCCAAGGUGAUCUUCGUGAAACCUGGGGUUCUGAAGCACUUAAGUGGGCUAUGGAGUGCACAUCUCGUCACUUGGCAUGUCGGUCACACCAGAUAUAUCGUGCUUUACGCCCCAGUGUUAAAAGCGAUAGCUGUGUAUUGCUUAUGAGGUGCAUCCACAGAUGCUUGGGUAACCCUGUUCCAGCUGUUCUGGGUUUUGCAAUGGAGAUAUUGUUGACUCUUCAAGUCAUGGUUGAGAACAUGGAACCUGAGAAGGUGAUACUUUACCCACAGCUCUUCUGGGGCUGUGUUGCACUGAUGCAUACCGAUUAUGUGCACAUAUAUUGCCAGGUGCUUGAAUUGUUCUGUAGGGUAAUCGAUCGCUUGACGUUCCGUGAUCGGACAACUGAAAAUGUGUUACUGUCCAGCAUGCCACGUGAUGAGUUUGACAUCAAUGGGUAUACAAGCGACCUCCACAGGCUGGAAUCGAGAACCACGUCAGAGAGAUUGCUAUCCGUGACAGAGACUGGGAAAGUUCCUGAUUUCGAAGGGGUGCAGCCAUUGGUGCUGAAAGGGCUUAUGUCUAGUGUUAGCCAUGGAUCUGCAAUUGAGGUGUUAUCUAGGAUUACCAUCCCAACAUGUGAUUCUAUAUUUGGGAGUCCUGAGACAAGGCUGUUGAUGCACAUCACAGGUCUUCUUCCAUGGCUUGGGUUGCAGCUCACCAAAGAUGCAUCUUCCCUCGGGUCAUCUUCACCUAUACAAGAGCAGAAUCAGAAAGCUUACUAUGUGGCAUCCAACAUUUCGGUGUGGUGCCGUGUCAAAUCUUUAGAUGAUUUAGCGGAAGUCUUCAGAGCAUACUCCUUUGGAGAAAUCAUCUCCCUAGAAGAUCUUUUUGCACGCGCUUCGCCGCCAAUAUGUUCCGAGUGGUUCCCUAAGCACUCAUCUCUGGCAUUUGGGCACCUGCUUAGGCUCCUUGAGAGAGGUCCUCUGGAUUAUCAGAGAGUGGUGCUUCUGAUGCUUAAAUCACUGUUGCAGCAAACCCCAGUGGAUCCAUCUCAGAUACCUCAAGUGUACAAUGUUGUGUCACAGCUCGUGGAGAGCGCACUAUGUGCAGAGGCAUUGAAUGUGUUGGAGGCGCUCCUACGGAGCUGCAGCGGUGUAACUGGUGGUCAAGGUGAUGAUAUUGGAUUUGGCGAGAAUGGUCACGGGAUGGGGGAGAAGGUUCACCAAAGCAUGCUUCUUCCUCAAUCAUCAUUCAAGGCUAGGAGUGGACCUCUUCAAUAUGCUGCUGCCGGUUCAGGGUUUGGGACUCUAAUGGGGCAAGGCGGUGGCAGCGCUGCAGAUACUGGAGUGGCCACCCGAGAUGUGGCGCUGCAGAAUACCCGGUUGCUGCUUGGGCGUGUCCUUGAUACAUGCGCUCUUGGGCGUAAGAGGGAUCAUAAGCGCCUUGUGCCGUUUGUGGCGAACAUCGGGUAGAAAAUGCAGUUGAGUGACCUAUGUAAAAUGUUUGGUGGCUAUAUGUGCUAACUGAAUGAAUGAAUGCAGCCAAUUUUGUACAGCUAGGAGCGUGAUCCAGAAAUCGCUGUGCACAGGUUGACAAGAUAGAAGAAGCAGCACUUCCCGCCACCGAAAGACUACCCUAACCAAACUCAAUUUUGACUGUUGUAAUAUCGGAAUGUGUUUAUUUAUCCUGCAACCUCACAGAGGUCGCAGGUUUGAAGUAUGGUUGUAGCUGUAGACUGCAAUUCAUUGGAUGCACAUACACAUACAUACAGCAUGAGCGAGUGGCACAAGCUCUUUUCUUUUCUUUUUUUCUUGGCUAGUGUGUAUAUUGGAAUUGCUUGGUGACAUCCCGAAGGGGAAGGGACUCCAGUGUAGUGUUUGAUUCAUUAUUAUUGUUACCUGUUGUGUUCAUUUAUGCACGGAGACGAUGUAAUCUGUUUGAUGUCGCUACCGUA